AAACUCUUUUAAGCAAUUUCCCAAAAGAAAAAUAAGAUUAUGGCCCGGCAUACAUUUUCUACGCCUCUACUUUAUACCAGAAUAAGUAUCUUCCCAGAAAGUGAUUUUGAUUCGUGCCAUGGCUUUCAUUGUCUACUGGGGUGUAGUAAAAAAGAGAGAAAAAGAGAAAAAGAAGACAGGCUUGGUUGGAAAAUAUUGCUGCUUCUUGUUGCAGAGAAUAAAAGGUACUGGGGAGAGGGGCCUCCUUCAACCUCAAAAAUCAAACUUGUCCACUACCAAAGCAAUCCUUAAAAGCUAAUCUUUGACUUUAUCGAGCAAAUGCAAUUGCUUCAUUUUGGUUUUCACUUGAUAAAUCAAUCAAUAAUUAAGAAUUAUGCCUCGAUCCCAAAUUAGUUGCAUCAACUUUAUGAUUCAUUCACAAGAUUCGUCGUCAUUAGAUUAUCUUUUAUGUUGUCAAUCAACCUACUGUUUCCGUAUUUAAUUUAACUUGACAAUUUAGAUGAAAUUCUCUGUAGCCAAGCAUCAAAGCAAGCAUAAAUAUAUGGGCUAGCUCACACUCAAAUAUCAUUAAGGUUCUUCAGAAUUCCGCUUGUGGAGCCAAACUAGAACAUGAUGAACAGAAACAGCACAAAACCCCUGAGGAGAUCAGGGACAUCUCUAGUAGCAAUGAAAAGAUUGAACAAUACCUCUUCGUUCUCGUUGGGACAAGCUCCACUCUCAGCUGCAAAGACCAAGGGUGGUAACCAGCCAUCUCCCACUCCAACCUACAUAGAGUUCCCAACAUCGCUCCAGCCACCUGAUGAUCACGCUGGAUAUCAUGCUAAUCACAAUGGAACCAUUGUUCAUCACACUCACUCAAAGCACCCGCUUGAGGAGAUUACUCUCCCGGAACUGUUUACCUGUUCAGGCUGCAAAGAGUUUGGCACUGGCCGUAGGUAUGCAUGCCAAGAUUGUGAUUUUCAGCUUCAUCACUUCUGUGCCUUAUCUCCACCUUCUCUUAAGGCUCAUCCUUUCCAUGGCCAGCACCAACUCGUCUUCCAUGCUAAACCCAAACAAGGUAAAGCUGGAAUAGCGUGGCCAAGGUGUGAUGUCUGCUGCAAGUCCACCAAAGGAUUCACAUAUAGAUGCAGAGUCAACUCUUGCAAUUUCCAGAUGCAUCCCUGUUGUGCCAUGCUUUCCACCGGGAUUAAAUUUCCCAAUCAUCCGCACCCACUAAAAGUCUUACCACCAGGAAACACUUUGUCAGGUGGUGGUAAUGAUCAAUCAGGAAUGGUGUGUGGUGAAUGCAAGAAGAAAAGAUCAUCAGGUCGAAUGUAUAGCUGCACUGUUUGUGACUACCAUCUUCAUGCACUGUGUGCUAAGUCCAUGAUCAAUGGGCUCCAAGAAUAUGGAAUCACGCCUCCUGAAAAGCCCAAUGUCCUCGGGACUGCUGCUCGUCUUGCUUCCCAGGUUGUUAUUGAAUUUAUUGGAGGUCUUAUUGAAGGAUUAGGAGAAGGGGUCGGAGAAGCUCUGGUUCAGAACAUUGGGAGAGGAAGACGAAGCAGUAACGGAAGAAGCAUUGCAUGAAGCAUGUCCCAAUGCACAGGGAGCACCAUUCCCUCCCAAUUAAUAUUUCCAAUCCCCUCCAUUUUCUUUCCCUCUCAGGAAAGUGGGACAAAAUGCAACUUAAAUAUUCCUUAUUCUUCUAAAGGACAUAAGAAUUUCUAUUUAAAUUGUUUAAUAA